GCGACCGACGUCUACCUUCCGCCUUUAAUUUACACUGCCAAGCGACCAAGUCCACAAGUCACGGUUGUCGGCAUCUGACAUUUGGUUUCUGGCAAUUCUGGUACUGUAAACCUGGACGAAGAGGUGGAAGACAAAUUGAAGCGGUACUACUGUAAAAUGGGAACUGGUCAGAUGCGCGUUUCGUGGAUUUGUCUAAUAGUUUGGAGCCACGUUUCUGUCACAGGCGGGGAUUUGUUGUGUAGCAGAGUUCCAGAGUUUACACCUGUUGGAGGAGAGAGAGAUGUGUGGGCGGGUCCGGGGUCCAGUGUGUCCUUAACCUGCAGUGCUGUUCUCGGCUGGAACUCCAGCCAACCAGACUGUAAUUCCAACCUGACAUGGAGCAAAGACGACCUGCUGCUGUCCAACCUCACUGGGUACCCACAGAACACCAGUUUUCAGUUUCCUGGUGAUAACCAGGCGAUAGUGACCAGCGUCCUGACUGUGAGUCUGAGAGAGCCUGGUGACUUCGGCCUUUAUUCCUGUCAUGUGAGGAACGCCAGCGUGAGCUUCAGCGUGCAGAGAAUCAGCUCUCCCAGUCACACAGGGGCAGUGAUAGCCGCCGUGGUUUUGGUGUUGACACUUGCUCUGGCCGCUGUGGUUUACACCAAAUGCCGUCUCCAUUUCAAGCUGUGGUACAAGACUAAAUACGGAGACUAUGAGAUGAACGACGGCAAAACGUACGACGCUUACGUCUCCUAUGUGAACAACGACAACGACAGGAAGUUUGUCAACUUCAUUCUGAAACCUCAUCUUGAGAACAAAUACGGUCAGAAACUUCUUCUCAACGACACGGACAUCUUACCUGGAGCAGAGCCUUCUGCUGAGUUGCUGAUGAACAUUAGCCGAUGUCGUCGGCUCAUCGUGGUGCUGUCUGAGGCUUACCUGGAGCAGGAGUGGUGUACCUCCAAUUUCAGGCAGGGUCUGUGGCAUCUGCUGGAGCUGACUCAGAAGCCCAUCUUCAUCACCUUCCUCACCCAGCAGAAACACAUGAGUCUGGACGUCGCCCAUCAGCUCAGGGAACACCAGCCUCGUAUCACCACCCUCAUCUGGAAACAGCACUCCAUGACCCCGUCCUCCUCAUUUUGGAAAGAGCUGGCUCUGGCCAUGCCCCGUAAAGUGGUGCUCCACUCUCAGUCAUCAGCCGGAGACCCACAGACCCUUCUCCAGGAGGAUGAUGAUCCAAUGCUCACACAACAGCCCGACUACCUGGACUGCAGGCCGGACCCCGACCCCGCCGGUGACCUGGGGUUGAGGCUGCCUGUCUACAGGGGUCUGAGCUCCAAGGCUCCGGUCUUGCCUGCUGCACCUGAGCCAGUGUCCGAACCCAAACCCCCAGAGAUCGACGUGUCUGACCUGGGCUCACGGAACUACGCCGCCCGCACUGACUUCUACUGCCUGGUCACUGAGGACGACAUAUAGGCCACAGAGACGCACUCUAACCCCCCUCUGAUUUGCCCCGAAUUCACCUGUAUUGAGAGGUUAUGUCACCCUGGUCCCUUAGGGCCGGAAAUCCUUCCUGUUUCUCAUCUCUGACUCUUUAUGAAGGACCCAAUUUUUACCUGAACGUCAGAUCUGUUGCACGACCCAAUCAGUUAGUUGUUGUUUGGAACAGAAACCAGCACUAUUUCAGAACUGGAGGGCCUUGAUCCUGGUCCAAGAUCCUCUCAUAUUGUCCAGGACUCGGAGGACAGGAUAAGGAAUUAGGAAACUAAUUUGGGUAAAUUUGGAUAUCUAAUUUGGAUAUUCGUACUUUGACUGUUUAAAUGUAUCCCAAGUCCUUUAUCAUGUCAGUUAUACCUACACAGUCAGUAUGUGAACCAGAGACAGGGACCAGAGGGCAGAACAAGGUGAUGGAACUUGACCUCAGCAUUCCUUCUACUGCAUCUUCACUCCGACCUCACAGGUUAACACUCAUCUCUCUUCUCCGCUGUCUGCCACUCCAUAUAGACACACUGCAUCAAGACAGUGGGAGAGAAUAGAGUGUAAAGCAUUCAAAAAACGAUUUUAAGGUCAGAGUUCGUCCUCUAGUGCCAUCCCUAGUCUCAUUUGUUGAGUCUGUGCUCUGAGAUCUAAGUGAUGCUCUGUGUAUUCUCUGUGGAAAGCAUUGAUUACCUUGACUGUAUGUGCCACGUCACGUUAAGUGUCAGUGGGGAAUUUAAUAACGGCAGACAAGACUGUUAAAGGUCAACGACAAGUCAGAACAGUUUGAAACACAUAAUGUAGUUUUAGAAAAGAUAGGAGACUGGAGUCAGUCUUCCGAGAGGAUGAUAAGCCUUCUUCUCCUGCUCUGGACAGAGGAAUGUGUAGAUAAAGUUCUGCAGAGAGCCGAUAUGAUCCUUGCGCUGAUGUCACGUUACCAAAGAUUUUAUUUUACUUUGUUAGAUAAAAUCAGUUUGUGCAGGUUUUUUUUUUUUUUUAUUUAAUUUUUUUU